UACAGCUUGGACAGUUUGACAGUUCGCAUGUCGCAUAUGUAAAAAAACACGUUCUAGUAAACUUCCUAGGCAUUCGCUAUAGAAUUUAACUAUCUACAGAAAAGCUUAACAACUUAACUAUGGAAUCGGAAAUUAAUGGUGCUGUUGUGGAUAACAACAAAAGGCGACAAAAGAAAAAGAAGAACAACAGUCGGUUCCUGCGCAAUGCAAAGGGGUUUGCCAAGCAGGGAAUCUACGGCCGCGGCACCCACAUUGAUGAUGAUCGGUAUAAUUAUUUUAUCAAUAUAUUGGACGUCAUGAAAAAUGGCUUCGAAGAUUUAGAGGAAAAAGUUAACAUGGCCAAUAAUGUAUUCGCCCAAACCACUGAAGAAGAAGUUCAUUUGGCUUCUAAUCAGAUUGUAAGUAAAGCACUCGAGUCUUUAAUUGGUUUUGUGGACUCGGAAAACUUGGAGCGUUUCUUUAGAGCAUUUGGCGACAAUUUCCGUCCCGUUUGCUCGGAUCGCUUUGCCUCGCAUGUCCUACAAAAAAUGGUGGAGAUUGCGUUUUUGCGCGUAUUAGGAAAAGACAGUUUAAAAAAUGCCACCGGAAACGUUGAAGGUACAAUUGAGACCGCAGAUGCACCAGCAGCUAAACGCGCUAAAAUCGAGGUUCCGUCAUUUAGUGAAGAGUCAUACAACCUUGAAACGGAUUUCAGUACUGAACAUCGGCAUCAGUGCAGUCAGUUUGUUGAGCGCGUGAGUAAGUUUUUACUAAACAAUUUGGAAGAUUUCGUAUGGGACUCGUGUGCUAAUCAUAUCAUGCGCACCAGUAUACUUAGCUUGGCGGGUGUGCAUGUGGCGAAAGUGGCAUUCGAAAAGGGUGGUGCUGAUAUUGCGAAAAAUCGAAAGUUGUAUACCGUACCUAAAGGAUGGGCGGAAGUACUAGCAGAAUUUCCACAACGUUUAGAAAUGUGGCCCCAAUUCCCAGAUUUUCCCUAUCAGGAACACUCUUCAGCAUUACUUGGUACCAUUUGCAUUGCUUUACGCGCAACCGACAAACAACUCCUAAAGCAUUUCGGCAAAAAAAUAUUGAUGGAUGCGUUUAUCAAGAUGGAGCAAAGUGAAGAAGAGGAGGAAAAGAAACAAGAGUUGGAUAAAGAUGAUAAAAAUGAAUCUAAAGAGAAUGUUAACACAGUUCAAUUACCAAAGGUAUUUGAAUACCAAUCGGCUGUCAUCUUGCUGGAAACGCUGCUUACAGUGGCUGGCGCGAAACUAUUUACUCAGCUCUAUGCCAUGCUUUUCAGCGGACGGAUAUCUCAACUUGCGAAAGCGCAACUUACAAAUUUCGCUGUACAAAAACUUCUGCAAAACAUAAAAGAGAAGGAAGAUUUCGAAAACGUUUUCAACGAGCUUGGUAGUGACGUUGAGGAGCUGCUAAAAAUUGGGCAUACGGGUGUUGUGGAAGCGCUCUCUGGAGCCUGCUUGCGGCUUGGUUUAAAACAAGCGCAAUGCAUUGUAGCUCUACAAACGGCUCUCCAUACGCCAGCAAGCGAUAAACAAAAGGCUAAGACUUUCUUCCAUUGUGUUAUCAAGCUAAAACCAUAUGAAGUGGCGCAAACGGACAAAAGUGGUUUUGUGCACCUCCAUGGCUCAUUGAUCGUACAACACAUUUUACGAUUCAACAAGCCAAUUUUUCUGGUCAAUUGCAUAUUGGAGACUCCCGCCGAGCAACUAGCUACCAUCUUCAAUACACCAAAUGGUUCACAUAUAGUUGACGCAUUUCUGCAGAGUAAAUAUAUAGGAGAGAAAUCACGUGAAAAAUUGAUAAGGCAUAUGGACGGGUUCUAUGUGGACUUGGCCAUAACUAAGUUUGGUUCACGCGUAGUGGAGAGUUGUUUUGCGGCCGCGCAGGAGUCGCAAAAGUCCCAUAUUGUGAAAGAGCUGGCAGAUAAAGUGAAUAUGCUAAAGGGUACACCUUUUGGUAGGCUACUGUAUAAUAAAUUCCGCGUUGAGACAUUCAGACUUUCGGCGACACAAUGGAAGGCCAGUUUACAUGCGAACAAAGAGCAGAAGGUCGACAAGUUGUUUAAGGAUAUUAUUAAUUGAUUAAUUAAGGAUACUAUCUUUUUUUGGUUCAAUGUAUUUUGAAUUUUUUCUUUUAUGAAUAUUAAAAAUGAUAAUAAUACACUACUUGGUUCUUAUGUAUCUAUAUAUCUAAGUAUUUAAUCCACACCGUUUCGUUGGAAAAUAACCAGAAAUGAGCUUCGAUAAAACUCUUUAUGCUGUUUAAAACGGCAAAUGUUUAUUUUACAAGGAAUUAACAGAGCAAUUUUUUUCGUUAUGUAAAUUGUUUCAUAUAAUUUCAUAAUUUAUUUUUCUUCUCUAAAACAUUAAAUCAAAAAAUAAAAAUGUUUUUACAUAAAAGAAAACACUUUGAUUGUUUUUCCGAUCAACUUGGUUUUUUAAAUGGUCAAGUAGUUUUCGAGAUAUUUAGGUUUUUCAAAUACGUAACAUUAACAGUUAAACACCUGUUGGACGACUGCACGCAUUUUAUGAAUCUCAGGAACACAAGUUUCAACAACCAUCUUCCAUCGGAAUUACUAAAGACUCCUUCUCAGGAAAACAUUGAGAAAAUGACAGAUUACUUAAUUAGAGCGGAUCUGAGAAAAUUGAUUUAAACCAUAAUUCUCUUUACUUAAACAUCUAUGUAAAUAUUCUUCCGUAUAUCCUAUGAAUUUACCUUUCACAUAACUUAAUUUCUUUAAUUCAUGUGUUGAUAGUGCCUAAUAAUCGUUUCCAGAAAAUUAACUCUCUAAUAGCUUAACUUUUGUAGUAAAAAAAUAAUCUUAUUAGAGUAG